AUGAAGCAAAAGAAUGAACUGUCAAGUGAGGUCAAGACGUGGAAGGAGAGAACUCUUAAAAGAGAGGUUCACAAAGAAGUAACUUGUGCGAAUUCUCCAAAGUCUCCUAAAGUGACUGGGACACCUUCUAAACAGAGACACCAUAUGUCUUCUCAAUGCAAGGAAUGGAAUAUCCAAGAUCCUAUGCCAAAGGAGUCGCCGAAAUCUUGGUUUUUUGAUAACCGGUCAAAGUCUUUGCCAGUACCUCCUCCAGUUCGCUCUUUUGAUAACUCAGGUUUAGGCCUCUGUCCAGAAGAACAAACUGCUGAAGUGGAGACCGAGAAUCCCCAGCCAGGUCCUUGGCAAAUGUCGUUAGGAAAAGAUGUGCCGGAGUGCAAGACUCAGUAG